AUGAUGUGGACAGUCUUCAGCCUGGUUCUUAUCAGCUCCCUUUUUGUCCUCAAAAGUGAAGCACUGCAGUGUUACACCUGUGUAGGCUCUAGUGAUGACGACUGCAACAGACAAGGAAGUCAGCAGUGCCCAGGCCUUGCAGAUGCCUGUGCAGUCAUUAGAGGACAAGCAAGUGGCAUCAUGAAGUCCUGCUCGUUCAGGUCCUUCUGCGAGCGGGCGAGGCGCGAGGGAUCGCGGGCGCCGGGGGUGAGCGUCCACUGCUGCUACUCCAACAACUGCAACGCCAGGAGCCCGGCUCCCAGGGUCACCAGCUCCAGCAGCUGCUUCUCCCUCCUCAUCCUCACUCUGCUCUGGCACCCCUUGUUGAAGCUGACAUGAGGGGGAAAAAGAAGAAGAAGAAAAAAAAAAAGAGUCUCCUGAAGCAACAACUCUGCCUUCUUAGCAAGGGAUGAUAAUAUUUCCUAAUCACGUUGCUCCAUGUACCAUUUAUCUCACUAGGCAAAAAAGCUGUAGGAAGACCUGACAGAUGUUUAGAUAAAAAUUGUUUCAUCUGCUAAAUAGGUCUUGAUCUCUGUGUAAGAAACGCUGCCCUGUUGCUUAUCCUGAGGGAUUGGUUGUGUGAAUACACCGCAUUUUCCUGCAAUUUGGAUAAGGAGAAAUCUUUGCUGCAGGUAACCUGGUAGUAAGGUAAAGGGCAAAUGUCUGCCAAAUGCUUUUUACUGUUGGCAGAUAUUCAAAAGCAAGCUAAAAUUUUUGAGCACAAAGUGACUGAUGAUUCUAGCAAGCAAGUUAAUCUUUCAGAGCUUAUUGGUGUACUGGACAAAAGAAAACUUGAAAUACAGAUGAUUUAGUAUUAACACAAACUGGUAAGAGAAGGUCAUUAAGAGAAUAAUGCAUGGAUAUUCUGUUGUAUAUAUGUUCCUGGCAGGGGGGCUGGAUGGUCUUUAAGGUCCCUUCCAACCCAAACCAUUCAAUGGUUCUAUGCUUGUGUGUAUUUCCUUGGGAAAAAACACCUUCCAGUCUUCUCUUUUCUGAUCCUUUGAGAAUUUUACCACAGCAUCAGAAGAAGAAGAAAAAAGGAGAGUUUGGAAGUUGUUUUUGAACUGGUACUCCAUCCAAAGAUUAGUUCAAUCUAUCUCCCCUGCUGGUUUUAAAAACAAGUGAUUAAUCCCUGUCUUGUAGGCAAAUUAUAACUUGAGUUUAUAAUUCUUGAGGUUUCAGUUAUGUAAAUAAUUCUCUACUGCCCUAAACUGCACUCUUUGAGAGUAAGAGUGUAUAUAUCUAUACAGGUCUGCCCUUGAGUGAUGUGAUGGAGUUGAGGUGGUUUAUGCAUUCUUUUCAUUUUGCAAAGUGAAUGAAAUUACUUGGAGGUCUUUAGAGGUGUAAAGAGGGACUAAAUCAAUAUUUUUAAUAAACCCAUUCAUUGUAGUUUUACCAAGUAAAUGAUCCAGAAGGGGUCACACAGUAAAAGGCACUGUGCAUCACUACCUCCUUUGAUCCAAAACUCAGAGCACCAGGCAAGCAGAUGAGGGGAAUUUGUAGAUUUUAAUGUCCAGCUGUGAUAAUCUGGUCCAACCCCUGGCACACAACAUGCACAGGAUUGCCUGAAAGUCCAGCUGGUGUAACUGAAGUAGAGGUGGACUUUCCAGUUCUAGUUUUAGUUGCCUAGUAGGAAAAAGUUUAGAUAUCAAAUUUAUGGAACUCACAAAAUAUAUGGCAAAGUAGUUUUUCCCCUAGCUUUGUGUUGUGACUUUUUUUUUCAGUAUAAUUCUUUGAAAAAUCAGUUCUGGGCAGUGUGUAGUAGAAUUCUUCACAUUGACCAACAUUUUAUUCAGGUUGCAAACCCUAGAGCUGCUGCAAGGUCAAUGAGUGAGCCCUCCCUGCAGAGUGUGACCCUUGUAGCUGUCACAGGGGCCGAGCUGUCUCCUUGUUUUACUGUGCUCUUUCCCCAGUGUGGAUCCUUCCAUCAUCUCAUGUAGGUUGUGGCUUCAGACUGACUGGAUUCUCCUGGAGUUUUGUUCAGGUGGGCUCAGACAAGGCAGUGUGGUCUGUUUUUAGUCUCUAGGCACCACUCUGAUAAAGCUGUUGAAUAUAAAGAUUGCAACAAUGCAGCAGAUCUUGGCUGAGAAUGGUAAUUUGGACUCCAGUGUCUCAUCUGUAUAAAAAUCACUUAAAUCGGUAUAUUUUUCAUUUCAUUCUCAGCUUGAAGCAGUUCCUUCAAUCUCUUCUGCUACAGGAAGCAGGUAUUGAUUGUAUCUUUAUCUUCGUAUGGUUCUGUAAUGAUAAAUCUGCAUUGAAUGUAAUCUCUG